AUGCAAGUUUUCUAUUUAAAAAGAUUUCCUUUUGUAGGUCUACCAGUUACGAAUGGAAAAGUUGUAACUGUUAAUUCAGGUAAUCGUAAACUAGAUGGUGGAUCUAUGGAGACCAAUGGGAUAUUAUUCAAUCUCGAAGAUCCAACUAGGAUGAGUGGUUAUGUUCAAACUGUAACACUCCGAUAUGGAUCAGGAAAAUUGCCAACUAAAAUGGCUCGUAUAUGGAUUUAUGGAAUUGUACCAAUAAAUAAUAAAUAUAUAGUGUGUAGUCAAUAUUUAAUACCUUUAUCUCAAAUAUCAACAACGAAAACAAUUCAAACAUACACUAUUCCUCAUAAGAAAAUCAUUGUUUCCAAUGAGAGUUUUAUUGGUGUUGCUAUUCAAGAUGUAUCAGCAGCUAUCGCAACAACAUCCAAUGGAAGUGUUUCGCAUCUAGAUAAUACUAAUCUAUCAAUGAAUGUGGUCACAUGUUUGCCAUUGGCUUGUCGCUCUGUUAAACCUCCAAUUGGUAUACAAAUUCAAUAUAUAUUAAUAACAUAA